AUGGCACCGCGUCGUCAAUUGACUGAUGCUGAAAAGGCAGAAAAGAAUAGGAAGCUAAGAGAGAAAAGAGCGCAAGAAGAUCCAGAGGCUAGAGAAAAACGUUUGCAUGACAAUAGAGCCAGGGCACAAUAUGUGCGCAAUGAGAAAAAACAGCGUCUCGAUCAAGAUGUUCAACGUCAAACCCAAGAUGAAGUAGAAAGGCAAGUGCGUCUAGACGUAGAAGCGCAAAGACGUAAAGAAAACAGAGCUCAAGAGCCAGACAAAAUACAACAAGCUAGGCUACAAGAGCAAGCAUUGCGACAGCAAGCUCUGCGCGAAGAAGAAAGUGAGGAAGAAAGACAUGCAAGGCUAAGAGAUCAAGCAACACGGCAGCAAGCUGCACGCGAGGCUGAAACCGCUGAUGACAGGAGAAUAAGGAUGAUCGAGGACAACUUGCGACAUCAAGCGCGACGCGAUCAAGAGACAGAAGAAGAGAGAGCCUUCCGCAUAAUGGUAGACGCUAUGCGCCAUCAAGUCAUACGCGCCCAAGAGACGGUAGAAGAAAGGACUUUGCGCGCCAUAGCUGACAGAUUGCGUCAUCAGAUGUAUCUGGUUGAAGAAACGGAAGAAGAGGCGGAAAUACGUAGGGAACUUAACAGGGAACAAACAGCCAACUACAGAGCGGCAGAGAUAGAAGAAGAAAGAGAAGAAAGACGAGAAGAGAGUCAAUCUCGAAUGGAACGUUUGCGAGAAGAGAGAGAGGAAGACGAGGAAUUACUUCGCGCCAUGAAUGCAUUGGAACAUGCUGAAAUUAUACCAUUGGAAACUGAAGAGGAGCGCACUUUUCGCGAAGAGCUAUUGGCUGCCCGCAACCGUGCAGGAGUGCCGAGAACUCAUAGAGCGGCUUGCAAAACAUUGGCUUCCGAUGACCGAGUUCCAUUGCACGAUUGUGGAGAAAUGACCGUCAAUUGCGGCGAAUGUAAUGCCAGGCAUUUCAAGGGUGAACAACCGACAGACAAGAAAUUCACCCAAUGCUGCGCAAAAGGAAAGGUGAUUCUCCCACCUCCAAAAGAGUGCCCUCAACCGCUGGUUAAACUAUUGCAGAAUGACCAUCCAAAGGCGAAAGCGUUUAUGACGAAGAUCCGCAAUUACAAAAGCGCUCACGCUUUUGCUUCGUUGGGAGCUAAUAUUUCAUCUCCCCCAGGGCGUGGACCUUAUUGUUUCAGAAUCCACGGUCAAGUGUACCACAACACCACACCCGUCGGCCCCAAUACGAAUAAUCCUAGGUAUGCGGAUCUUUAUUUCAUGGACGCUGCGCAGGCUGGCGAGUUCAGAGCGCUUUCCACCUCAAACGGUGGAUGCUGCAGAAACUUGAUGGAGGAAUUGGACGCAAUGCUCCGAGAAAAGAAUCCGUACGCAGCCAUUUACAAGAUGAUGCGUCAAGUGCUUGAAGAAGAGUACCGCCGAGCCCAAGAUGAAAAUCUACCUCACCAAACAGUAGGAAUGAUUAUCAGCAGUGAUCGAAGAAAUCUAGAUCAGAGACGUUACAACAGCCCGACGACAAACGAGAUUGCUGUCAUUUUCAAAAGCGCAAACGGUGAGCCGCCAGCGAAGAGAGAUAUCCGUGGCCAUCUCUUCAUCCCAGUCAGAGGGAGAACAUUCGUUCAGAUUGACACACAACAGCCCAUGUGCGACCCAAUGACUUACCCUUUGCUCUUCCCCAACGGUGACGAUGGCUGGCAUGUAAACAUGCCUUAUACCACCACUACACGACGUGAAAGAGAGGAAGCAGCAACACGGGCAAUGGAUGUGGAUGAAGAGGAAGAGAUCGAUCUCCCAAGACUUGAUGAGAUGCUGCGGCUAGAAAAUGCACCAGUAGAAGCCUUAGCUGGUGAGGAAGAGCUGGUGGAAGAACCAGAACCGGAACCAGAGGAGCAAAUGGAUGACGACGAUAACGAUCCCCAUCGAUUGAAUCGUGGCGAAGGAAGACGAAAAAGGAUCACGCAGUGCGAAUUUUACAGCUUUCUCAUGUCGAUUCGGGAAUAUUUCAACAACGUCUUGGCCGGCGGAUCACUCACUCAGCAAUGGACGGUCGAUUCUUACGUCAAGAUUGAAGCCAACCGCGUCAAGUAUAUCCGCGAACAUCAGGCGGAGCUUCACGUAGCUCAAUACGACGGUCUCUUGGACUACUUGCAUAAUCGCGCCGAACGAGAAAACCUUACGGUCGGAUCUUAUCACGUCCUCCCAUCGAGUUUCAUCGGAAGCCCAAGGGCGAUGAAGCAAGCGUACCAAGAUGCAAUGGCCAUCUGUGGUAAAUUCGGCAAGCCAGUAUUCUUCCUGACUUUUACCUGCAACCCAAAGUGGAGGGAAAUCACGGCCAACAUUCCCAGCCAUCUGUCGGCAUCAGAUCGGCCCGAUAUAGUCGCAAGAGUCUUCCAGCAAAAGAAAAUUGAGUUGAUCAACGACAUUGAAAAACGCCAGGUGCUGGGAUUUGCGACUGCACGGAUACACGUCAUUGAAUUUCAGAAGCGUGGAUUGCCCCACUGUCACAUGCUCAUUUGGAUCGACGAGCGUGACGCCCCUGCUACAGCGGAAGAUGUGGAUGCAACCAUAUGCGCGGAAAUUCCCGAUAAUACAACGCAUCCGAGACUUUAUAAGAGCGUCAUGACCCACAUGAUUCACGGUCCGUGUGGGUUGAUCAACAAAAAAUCCCCUUGCAUGGACGGCGACAAGUGCUCAAAGGCUUUCCCGAAGCAACAUAGCCAAGAAACACUUCUAAACGAUAACGGCUACCCCACUUACAGACGAAGAGAUACGGGCGUUGUACACCGCUUAAAACGAGGACACACGCAUUUCGAAGUUGACAACAGAUGGGUCGUUCCUUACAACCCUUGGUUAUCCCUCAAGUAUGACUCCCACAUCAACCUCGAAUACUGCGCAUCCAUCGUCAGCGUAAAGUACAUCUUCAAGUACGUCUACAAAGGGUACGAUUGCCUGAAAAUGGAUCAAAAAGUGGGAACGUAUCAUCUGGCAGAAGGCGAAGAACCAAGGGUUGAGUGGGACGAAAUCACGUGCCAUCUUGAUGCGCGUUACGUCAGCGCGCCGGAAGCCUGUUGGCGAAUCUUCAAGUUUCCCCUUGCCGACCGUUCGCAUGCUAUCUAUCGCCUGGCCGUCCAUUUGCCCCGAGAGCAGCCCGUCUUUUUCCAACCGGGAAACGAAAUGCAAGCCGCCAUCAAUGCCGCUUCGAGAGACACCAACCUAACUGCUUUCUUUAAGUUGAAUCGCGUCGACGAGAGCGCACGGCAAUAUUUCUACAGAGAAAUACCUCACCACUACGUUUUCAUCAAGAAAACCAAUUCGUGGAAGCCUCGCGUGAAACGGGCCAAGAUCAUCGGUCGCCUAUACACGGGCCAACAAGCUUUGAAGAUUUGCGAACAGUCGACCAGAUUGUCCAUCCCACUUUCAAAGCGGCAGCAAUAG